AAGGACAUCAUCCGGUUGGAUCAGGUGGAGUUGUCAGACGGAGGGGAGCACCCAACCACUUUUGACUUAAUCGCUGCGCCGGCCCCCCACGUCAGGUAUACUUUGCAAGCCCGAGACCCCGAAACGAAAAAGGCCUGGCUGGACCAGGUCCGGCAGGUAGUCGCCGACGUCAAGGAACUAGAGGAAUUGGUUUUGCAAGAUGACCUUCAAGUCGUGAACGGGGAGGAGGAAAAGGGAUCGGAGGACCUAUCCCAGGAACCCAAACCGACCGAGAAGCAGCCAGGGCCAGAAUCAAAGGGGAAACAGAAAGAAAAAGUAAAGGAAAAGGAAAAGGAAAAGGAAAAGGAAAAAGAAGAGAAAGAGAAGGACGACCAGGGAGGAAAGGCGAAAAAGAGGAAGGAAUCCCGGCGAGAGAAAGAAGAGCCAGCCGAGAAGGCGCAGAAGCAGGAAUCGAAGAUGCCCGCGGAAAAAACCGCGAAGGCACCGGCCAGCCAGCACGGCUCGGCCGGCGAUUCUGCCGUGUUCGAAUGCGCGGUGCAGGGGACCCCGGCCGUCGCCGUCUCCUGGCUCCGGAACAAUCUACCCCUGGACGACCGGCUCGCUGACCGGGUGGAGCAGACCCAGAACGGCGAUCAGUUCCAGCUCGUCCUUCGCCACUGCCGGCCCUCAGACGCCGGGCUCGUCACGGCCAGGGCUUCGUCGUCCGCCGGGUGCUCCACUUGCUCCGCCCAGCUCCUCGUCGACGAAAAUGGUCUGCUUUCUUUGUUCCUCGCAUAUGUUGCCGUUCAAGGGUAA